AGCCGCGUUGGCCCAAGGCAGACGAGGAUAAUACCUCGCUUGGGCCACCUUCUUCGCCGCCCCGGCCUCGAGCAGCGCCAUGGUCCGCGACAGCCGCGCCGCCGCCUUUGCGGCCCUGGCGCUCCUCGCGGGCGUCUGGGCCGCGUCGCAGGCCUUCGUCGCCCCUGCCCGCGCCGGCUCCGCCGCCGCCGGCCGCGCGCAGUCCGCGGUGGCGCUGAACUCCGGCUCGGGCGAGUACACCGGCUUCGUGCCCGAUAUGCAGAGGCGCGUGCUGAUGAACCUCAUCGUGGUCGCCGUCUGCGCCGUGCCUGCGCUGGUGGUCCUCGGGGGGUACGCGUUCUACUUCUUCCCCAAGCUCGGCGGCGGCGGGGGCGGCGCCUCCCCCGUGGGCGACAUCAACGGCGCGGCCGUGCCGCUGAAGAAGUGGGUUGCCGGCCACAAGGACCACCGACAACGACCGUGAGCUGGUGCAGGGACUCAAGGGCGACGCCUACUACCUCAUCUCCACGCCGGACGGCAUCAAGGACUUCGCCAUCAACGCCACCUGCACCCACCUGGGGUGCGUCGUGCCGUGGGUCCGCUCCGCUAACAAGUUCUGCUGCCCCUGCCACGGCUCGCAGUACGAUGAGAACGGAAAGGUGGUCCGUGGCCCCGCGCCCCUGUCGCUGGCGCUCGCCCACACCUCGGUCCUGGAGAGCGGCGACAUCGCCGUGGCCCCCUGGCCCGAGACUUCCGCACCGGCCUCGACCCGUGGUGGAGCUGAGUCCAAAACGUCGCCGUGCCGCGCACGUCCCGGGCCGCGCGCCUGAGACCCGCUCCGUGCGCGCGGGGGCCCUAGCUUCACAACUGUCUCAGCUGCCCUGAUGCGUCCGUGUUGAGGCGCAGCGCGCGCCGUGCUCAAAGCGCACGAGCCAGCACACUGCGCAGUGGCUCGGCACGUGCGGGCCCACGUGGCGGCGGAAACGUUCGCGCCACACGUGCUCGUUCCGUCUGCGUGUUGAGUUUCGUGCCAAGAUGUGGAAGCGCACCUCGUUUCGACGCUCGUGUUCCUAUAGGUUCAGCGUUGCACAUCACUUGGGUUUCACAGUUGCCCUUGGCGUUCAGCUGCGACCGAGUUCGUGAUCGUGACUGCUGCAAUCAUACGUCGGCUCAGGCUCAUAACACCUCCUUGCCAUCGGUUCGGCUGCCGCAGAUGGGCGUUGCGUGCUGCGUUUGGCGCAUCCGGGCAGCGGAGGCGGGCAGGCCCACGUCCCCAGGCAGGAUAUGAACGCGGAGCAGUGGCGGGCCCGCUGGCCAUCGGGCGUCUCGCGCCGGGGCUUCCUUCGGAACUCUGUCGGG